AUGCCAGCUCCAGCUCUAGUUCCAAAUAACCGUCGUAUGCCUCUCAGUUGCGAGCCAUGUCGCCAACGGAAGAUCAAGUGCCCACGCAAUAUCAGCCGUGGGAGGGCGCCUUGCGACACCUGUGUACGCAGGGGUAUUCCUGGUGAUGAGUGUAUCUAUCUCCGAGAUCAAUGGUCAGGGCGCAAUGUUCCGAUGCCUCGACAUGGUGAUAACUCUGCUCUUAUCGCUCGAAUUGACCGACUAGAGGAAUUACUGCGACGGAGCGUAUCGAGUACAAAUUUAGAGGCUAGAAAACCAGAGCCAGAACCAGCUUCAGAUUUGCUAUCACCAGAAUCGACCCGACAUCAAUCUACCGCCUCAUUUUCCACUCAAAGUGAUACAUCGCUGACUGGAGCGUGUUCGAGUAUGCCGCCGGCUGGAGUCAUUAUCCGAUAUGAAUCCGGCCACGACCGAUUUGAACCAGCCUCUUUACGAUGGUCACCAGUUAUCCAGGACAAUCCCGUGGUGAGUGGCAUAAAGACAGACAUGGAAGAGAGCAGACCGGGUUCGAUGCCAUUUUCUACAACCAGCGCAACAGUCAAUGAUCUUCUCGAAUUGCUGCCGCCUGCUUCGCACUGCGAGGAACUCAAGAAGAUCUAUUUGGAUACUUUUGCACCGCUAUUUCACAUCCUACACGACCCUACAUUUGAAGCGGACUACUGUCGCUUUCAAUCCGACACCGAGAAAGUAAGCUUACCAUGGCUGGCACUCUUGUUCGCCAUACUCGGUAUAGCCGUUAUUGCACUGCCCACAGAUAGCCCAUUGUUCCGAGAGCUGGGGAAGCGCAAUUCAACGCCCGACAAUAUGUCGCUACUCGGUAGUCGAUACCGAGGAGCAGCAAUGAAGUGCCUCGAAGCAGACCACUAUCUGUGGAGACACAACCUGAAUACCCUACAAGCGCUGGUGAUUCUCAUCUACGGGAUAAACCAUACACAUGGACAAUCUUGGGCUUUACUAGGAGCGGCGCGUAAUAUUGCCCUAUCUCUAGGCUGCCACGUCGACCCAGAAGUCUUCCAAAUGGAUCGUAUCAGGGUGGAAGAGAGGCGUCGAUGCUGGGCUGGACUCAACAUGCUUUACACGAUACAGAACACAACCUUGGGCAUGUUGGAUGUAGCCCAUACGCGUAUGACGGUGCGCCUGCCAUUGGAUGUCAAUGAUGAUGAGCUUGUGGCUGGUUAUCAAAUUCCUCAAUCCCGAGAAGGUCCAACCCAGAUGUCCUAUCUAUUGCUAAAGUUCGAUCUCUAUGAUCUAUGUGCGCGCAUUUGCAGCCACGUGUUCGAGGCAUCGCAGACAACAUUAUACGAUAAGGUCCAGGCUCUCGACGCAGAAAUAUCAGCCAUGCAAGAGACAUUCAACUACAAAUACAUUUUCGACGUUCCACUUGUAGCCCACCACGCUGUCCAGCUGAAUAUCCUUUUCGGUUACACCCACCAGCUCACACUACUUCUCCACCGACCAAUCCUACGCCAAGGUGCUUCUGGCUUUACCCCGGACAACCGGUUGUAUUCUCAGAAUAAAUGCAUGGAGAGCUCUAAAGCGUUGCUUCAUAUCCACCGCACACUUUAUGAAGAUCCAGCCUUCCGUCCGUACCAUUGGUAUAGCCGCGGACUGGGAAGCUUCCACGCGUUCCACGCCGCAGUUUGUCUUGCUCACAUCUGCAUGAGCAGUACGAACCUCGAUGCCUCUACCAAGGCUUCCUUCCAAGAACUUAUUCGCGACUCUAUCCAAGUGUUUCGGUAUUUCAUGAACACAGGGGUUAGUGCAAUCUGUACUAAAGCCAUGCCGGUUCUAGAGAAGCUAUUGGAUAUUAUCAAUACCCAGGAGAGCCGUGACUCGAGUAGAGCCAGCGAAUCGAUGUACAAACAGUCAGAUUUGUCUCAUCAAAAUGAACUUGGGCUACUAGAUGAGUAUAUCGAAAACCUUGCACCACAACAAUGGCUUUCUCCUUCUAACAUGGGCUGGGAGGGAUGGGCGAUGAUUUUGGAUGAUGAGUCCAUGGUAAAUGUGUUUUAG